CGGAAGUGAUGAUAUUAUGAAAACAUCGCGCUGCACGCCCAACUUCAUCUCGUAACCAGCGACUGUGCCAGGCCUACAGGUGACAUCUCUUGAGACAUGCUUAAGGCAGUGGGACAGGUUUUAUUCUCGAGUGGGCUGCAAAAUCCCAAGUUCACAGCUGCAGAGAAGCAGGGACAGGACUAUGAAACCCGUACGUAUCAUGCCACCAAGUGGGUUAGCACCUCCUUAACCGGGAUGGACUGGGACGCAGCCAUGGGCACUGGUUUUCGGAGACUUUUCAAAUACAUUGGAGGCACCAACCAGAACAAGGUGAAGGUGGAGAUGACAGCUCCGGUGUCCUGUUUUGUGGAGCCUGGAGAGGGGCCGACCUGUGAGUCUAAGUUCACUGUGUCAUUCUACAUCCCAGAAGAGCACCAAGCCACGCCCCCUGAGCCAACUGACCCCGACGUGUUCAUUGAGCACAGGAAGGAGUUCACUGCUUAUGUCAGAACCCAUGGAGGUUUUUCCAAUGAGCAAAUGAAGCGUGAUGAGCUCCUGAAGCUGGUGGAGAGCCUGAAGAGAGAUGGGGUGGAGUUUGUGGACCAGCCGUUUUAUGUGGCAGGUUAUGACAGUCCAUUCAAACUGACCAACCGCAGAAAUGAGGUCUGGAUCCUUCAAAAGAAGCCUGAGUAAUAAGAUUAACAAAAACAAAAAGUGUGCACUAAAUAAUUGUAUAAUAAUUACUUGAAAUUUUCUUUAAACUGUGUGUAAAGGGAUAUUACUUGAGUUACUUAAAUAAUCAUGAUUCCAGUUUACAAGGUCACACUAAGCAAUGAUAUGUAGCAUGUUUACUGUAAACAUUUACAUUAAGUUACUGCUACAAUGAGGAAACAAUACCUUAAAAGAAAACACAAGUGCUAUACUGUUGAACGUCUGUGUGCGGGAAACAACCACAAGUGCCCUUAUGUUACUGCAACAUCAUUAUUUUGUUGUUUUACCAUAUUACAGGUUUGCCUAUAAUAUAUAGAGAAAGAAAAUUACUGAAUUAAGCUCCUGUCAGGGCCUUUUGGUACCAUCAGGUUUGUUACUGUAUGAUUGACAUAUUGACAUUUAUAAUAACAAAAAAAUAUAUAUAUAUACAAAUUAUUCUUUUAUUCUUCUUAUCCACAGCAUUUUAAAAUCUCAGUUUUUUAUAUUACAUUCUUAACAUUUGUGAUUUGUGUCUGAAGGGAAAAAUCACUAUGAUGGAUUUUUGAAAGAAUAACAUAAGUGUAUUUAUAAUACCUAAUAAAUCCUUAUCAGUAC